UAACCUCGGAAUCGAUGAUAUGUACUUUAGUUUAGAAAGUGCCGAAACUAUUGCAAACCAUAUCUUGGCUUUAUAUGGUGCAAAGAUUUUCGCAUUCACAAAAAAUGAAAAUGUCCUAGACAUCAAUCUUGAACGUGAAACUGAUGAAACUUCUGUAUAUAUUCAUACUUCUCGUCCUGGUGUCUCUCAAUUACAUGGUCCUCAACAUGAAAGAAGAAUUGAUGAAAAGUUUUUAGAUGUUAGUACAACUGCCAAGGCUUAUCGUCUAGAAUCUUAUCGUUCUCAAGGAAAUGUUUCUUCUGGAAUGGAUACUCAACUCCGUUGUUAUUUUGUGACAAAAUGUAAUUUCGUAAAAACUGAUCCAACUCCUGAAGAAGAAACUGAUAUUCGUUGUGUAGGUGAUAAAACAUUUUUAGAAAAAGCUACUGAUAAUACUUUGGAAAUUUAUCAAAAUGUUAUGAAAGCUGUUCUUCAAAGAACUGGUCCUGUAAUUGAAAUGUUUGAAGUCGAAGGAAGUCGUGAACGUCGUCUUGUUAUUGGUUACAGGCAACGCAGUACUCAAUCCUUUUUCUCUGCUAUGUCUGAUCUUUAUCAUUUUUAUGAGUUAUACUCUACUAGAAAAUAUGUUGAACAAUUCUCUAAUGGUGUGACUGUAAUGAGUUUAUACCUUAACCCUCUUCCUACUUCAAAAUCUGCUCCAAUAGAACAUACUAUUCAUCAAGUUAUAAAAGAGGCUUCUUUAAUUUAUUGUUUACCUACUACUCCUUUACAAUCUUUCUUCCAAACAAAUAAAUUAUCCGUUCAAGAAGCAAUUUAUGGUUAUAUUGCUUGGUUAUUUGCUCAACAUUUUCUUAAUCGUUUGGGUAGUGAAUAUACUAGUCUUGCUGCUGCUAUGGAUCCUAAUGAUCCUGUUCAUAUUGAA